AAGGAGAAGUGACUGGGGUGAUAGUUUCAAUCUGUCUACUUUUAAAAAGUUGAAGUACGGCUGAAGCAGUGACACAUCAUCGGAGUUGGAUGUGAGGAUGGGUCACCCUUCGCUGUCGGUGCUGGCCGUUCUCUGUCUCAGUUCUCUUCUUGGAUGUAGAAAAAUUCAUGAACCAAAGCCUUUCCUCACUGUGUCUCCAUCAUGGCUGAUUCAAGGAGCCUCAGUAAAUCUGAGCUGUAAGGUUGAACCUUCAUCUUCAGAAUGGAGGAUCUUCUGGUAUAAAGCUGUUCCUGAUCUAAAAAACAAGAACUACAGUUAUGAGCUGCUCAAUGGUAGCAACAAGGGGACUAAAAAGGAUUCCUUCAUCAUUACUGGACAGAAACACUCAGCAGGAUUUGCAUGUAGAGCUGAAAGAGGGAACCCAAAGAUAUCAACUGAUUAUAGUGAACUAAAGUUUGCCUGGUCUGCAGUUCCUCGUCCAGCAGCCUCUCUGACAGUGAGUCCUGACAGAGAGAAACAUUUCACUGAUCAAAACGUCUCAUUAAGAUGUGAUGCAGAAUCUACCAGUGGGAGAAUAAGAUAUUAUAGACAAAUAAACACUCGGUCAUUUCUGUAUGACUGCUCCACCUGGUGGACGACGGACAAAUCCUCAUGUAUGGCUAACAGUCAGUCGAAGUUUAAAGCUGUGUACUGGUGUGAGUCUGGAUCAGAGUUCAGCAAUGCGGUCAACAUCACUAUAUACAAGCCAAAGUCAGUCCUGACUGUGUCUCCAUCAUGGCCGAGUCCUGGAGCCUCAGUGACUCUGACAUGUAACCAUGACGACCAGUCUGCAGGCUGGAGGUUCUACUGGUAUAAAGCUGCUCCUCAUAAGUCUGAGGACGGCUACAGAUAUGAGCUGCUGCCUGACAGCAUCAGUGGGACUGUACAGGAUUCAUUCAUCAUACAUGAACAGAAUCACACAUCAGGAUAUUCAUGUAGAGCUGGAAGAGGAAACCCAGAGCUUUUUACUGAUCACAGUGAACCAAAGUUUGUCUGGUCUGCAGUCUCCCGUCCAGCAGCUUCUCUCUCAGUGAGUCCUGACAGAGAGCAACACUUCACCUCUGAGCCUGUGACUCUGAACUGUGGAGGAAACUCUACUCAGUGGAGAGUGAGGAGGUUUUCAGAAUCAGGUUACCUGAUCGUCAUAGCAAACUGCUAUUACUGGGGGAAAAUGUCUGGAUCCUCCUGCAUCGUUACAAAUCUGUCAAACCCUAAGUCAGUGUACUGGUGUGAGUCUGGAUCAGGAGAGUUCAGCAACGCAGCCAACAUCACCUCACACAAUGAAGGUCUUCUCCUGGUGAGCCCCGUCCAUCCUGUGACUGAAGGAGCUUCUGUUACUCUGAGCUGCAGACUGAGAGGAGAAAACCAACUUUCUAAUGUGAUUUUCUAUCAUAAUGACAAACUGAUCCAAAGUGACAGCAGAGGAGAGCUGAAUAUCUCUGCAGUGUCUCAGUCAGAUGAAGGUUUCUACAAGUGUGAACAUUCAGGAAAAGUUUCACCUCAGAGCUGGAUGGCAGUUAAAGGUGUUUCCAAACCUGGGAGCUCUUCGUUUCCAGUGCUGUUGGUCCUCGGUGUAGUUUGUGGAUCCGUACUUGUCAUUCUGCUGCUCCUGCUGUGUUGCUUUAGGCUUUCCAAAGGUUCUUCUCACAGGGCGAUCCAGUCAGAGAUCGCUGAUCAGGGAUCUUCUAUAGAUCAGCCUCUCAAUCAGACCUCAACCAAUGAAUACAACUUGUCUUCUCAUGAUGAAGACGAAGCCGGUGACGUCACAUACGCUCACAUUAAGUUCAAAAAGGCCAAACAGGCGACCAAGUCCUCCAAAAGAGGCAGAGUCCGACACAGUGCGCUGGAUGUGAAAGGGAGGCCUCACGACCCAGAAGAGGGCACUGUUUACUCCGAUGUGAGGACAGCAGCUGCAGAAGCACUGAGUGCUGCAGCAGCUGACGCAGCGCUUUAUUCUGAAGUCAGGAAAGGAUCUAAGAAGAGCGUAAGCUAGUUGGGUUAACUCUAAACUGCACAUUAUUUAAUAGAGCAUAUAUUUUUUAUAUAAAAUGUUGCGUAAGCAUUACCUGAAAGAUCUUAUUUCACAAGUCUUGUCAGUGAACUCCAUAUAUAAAACCAAAGCUUUUUUUUUUUUUUUUGCUAAACCAUAUAUUAUAUUUUGUUUUCUAUCUAAACACCAGACAUUUUUUCUCUUAUUUAUGGAAUAUGUUGACUCAGUAAUGUUUUUAUCUAUUUUAUAUCCCUGUAAAUAAAAUAAACGCUUUUAUUUGUGUCAUUCCUAAUAUUUGGUGUCAUUUGACUGUUGUAACUUUAUAUACAGUAUAUAUAUAUAUAUGUAUAUAUAUAUGUAUUUUUUUCUUGAUUUUAUUAUUUAAUCUUAGAAUGGGCUUAGACUACAAGAGAAUAAGUCUUGCUUUUUUUUUUAUCAACUUCUUGACAAUAGACAGGUUACACAUGCUUGUCUAUAAUUCAUGUUUGGAAAAAAUAUUUUUUUACAAUUUACAUUUUCCAAGAGCUGACCUUAAAAAGUCGCUAACUUUGGCUUUUUGAAUGCAUUUUUUUUAAAAGCGGUUUUCACAAACUAACAAUAUCUACAAAACAGACGUAUUCUUGUGAAGUCAUGAUGUCUUUUUAACUCUUCCCUUUCACAA